GACAUGUUUGCUGCAUGAGUUUCACUUAGGCUGGAGGGGAGGAGUCUCUUUCACGCAGAUAAGCCUUCUAGAUGAAAGUGAAAAUAAGAAGAUCGGACACAAGAGUGUAACACCAACAUUAGAUGCCAAAACCCUCUGAUGUGAUGAUAACCACGCCAGUAUACCAGCAACAGCAGUAUGAAGUCUCCAAGUUCCUCAAGACCAAGCCACUGGCUCUGGGGAUUUUGGAAAUACUGAUAACCUUAUUGGCACUCGGUUUGAUGGUCCAUAAUGAGAGUUUUUAUGUUUUCUGGUCACCAAUCAUUUCCAUUAUAAUUGGAGCCAUAACAGUCUUGGCUGCUUACAAACGUAAACCACAUCUGGUCAAUAUCUCACAAAUGCUCAGCUAUGUCAAUUUAGCAAUAGCUGCUUUCUCCCUCCACUCUCACAUUCUUUAUGUUUUGAUCUUUCCGGAUGUGACCUACUAUGUCCUUAUCGCCUGUGAUAUUCUGAUCUUCAUCUUCUCUCUUGCUAUUGCUGUAACCUCCUGUUCCUGUUGCUGCAAUCCAAAGUCAACCCCUGUCAUGGUCAGUUAUGUGACCACAGAUAUGCCUGUCAACUGCAUCAUGCUAAUGGGUCAGCCGGACCCCUCUGCAGUGGUUCAGUCCGUUAAUUCAGUCAUGUACAUGCAGCCAGCAGCACAUGGCUUAGUCACACUUGCUCCUCUGCCAAAUUAUGGUUUUGUCCCCAAUGCAUCUCCACCAAUCUACAGUCCAGUGCCAACUACACCUCCACCCAGUUACGACAAACUCCCAGAUGCACCUCCACCAAACUUUGGUCCAGCUGCAAGUGCACCUCCACCAGCAUAUGAGUAUGAAGAUUUACAGACCAGAAGAUGAACUAGAUCUCAGACACAAAAGGGAAUGUGUGAAGUUAUGGUGUUGGAUUAUGGCGAAUGGAAAACCAAAAAUUAUAUUUAAGUUUGUAAAUCAAAUGAAUGGGAAACAUACAUCACAGGAUGAGAAACACAUUUCAUUAAGUUUCAUUCGCCCAAAUGUUUAAUGUACCAUUUGAUAUGAUUUUACUGAAUACACUGUUUUUUUUUCUUUUUUUUAAGUGCAGUUUUUUGCACAUUAGACAGCACAAUGGAAAUUUUACUUGAUUGAUUCAAAUCAGCAUUUCUUAACAUUUACAAUCCUAUCAAACAGUGUUCAGUGUGUACUUUUAAAGAAAAAGUUAUCUUUAAAUUUGUAUCACUCAAACAAGUGGUUUGCACAGUCAACUUAUAAAUUUACUAUUUAUUAACCUCUAUAAUAAUUAUCUCUUGAAAAUAGACUGACAAAUGAGUUUAUAUUAAAUCAGUUUUUAACCUGUCUUGCCACAAGAGGUGCUAUUUCCAGCCCAUCACAACAGACAUUAUUUCUAGCACAGCAUGACCUGUUCAAAAAUAUUUCAGAAGAUCUGAAAACAAAGCAUUGCAUAUCCACAUUUACACUUUACCUCAGCACUGAAGCAGAGGAAGAUGGGUUUAGAUGACCAAAAUACUUAACUACACUGUGGGUCU